AAGCAUGUGAAUGCUAGGCUGUGUGUGUCGGGGCAUGGUGUGCACCGGUUGGGGGCUCUAAGGGUGGGUGGGGGAAGGAGCCCUGGGGAAACAGUGUGCCUUUGUGAGGGUGUGUGUGUGUGUGUGUGUGUGUGCCGCUGAGUCUGUGUGCAGUGGGUGUGGGUGUUUGUCUCCUUGUAUCCGCCUUCUCUCCCGUCCGGACUUUUAGCCUUCCUGGGCUCAUUUUCCCCAUGUCCUACCUCCUCCCUCUCCGGGCUCGAAUUAGGUGCCCUAGUGGAGGAGGGGGGCAUGCUCCAGGACCUAGUCCAACCCCAGACGCUGCCUGAGGCUUCCCUCCAGCUCCCCCUCCCUUCCUUUUCUCCCUUUCCUCCCUCCCUCUCUUUCCUCUCCUCCCUCCCCCCCAAGGCUGGCGUGCCAGGGGGUGGGACAUGCCAAUCACUGGCUGUGCCUCUCCGGCUGCCAGCACAGGGCGCAGCUCCCCCCGGGAGCCAGGUGUUUGGGUCCCUGGAGACGCCGCCGGCCCCCGGGGAGGCAGUGGGGCUGAGGACCCUACAGACCCUUCUCCAGUCCCAUGGGAACCCUGACUCCCACCACCCCCAUCCACCUUCAGCCCCCCAAAGAUGGACUGAACCAGGUUGCUGGCCAGACGGACAAGCUGGAUGCCAAGGUGAUGACCUCCCCCUGAGGAAGCCCUGUACCACGACUAGAGGAAGGGGCUGCCCCCCCCACCCCAGCCCACCACCAUGAAUACCUCGGCCCCACCCGCCGUCAGCCCCAACAUCACCGUCCUGGCACCGGGAAAAGGACCCUGGCAAGUGGCCUUCAUUGGGAUCACCACAGGCCUCCUGUCCCUGGCCACAGUGACAGGGAACCUGUUGGUCCUCAUCUCCUUCAAGGUCAACACUGAGCUCAAGACAGUCAACAACUACUUCCUGCUCAGCCUGGCCUGUGCUGACCUCAUCAUCGGUACCUUCUCCAUGAACCUCUAUACCACGUACCUGCUCAUGGGCCACUGGGCUCUGGGCACCCUGGCCUGCGACCUCUGGCUGGCCCUGGACUACGUGGCCAGCAAUGCCUCCGUCAUGAACCUGCUGCUCAUCAGCUUCGACCGCUACUUCUCCGUGACCCGGCCCCUGAGCUAUCGAGCCAAACGCACACCCCGCCGGGCGGCCCUGAUGAUCGGCCUGGCCUGGCUGGUCUCCUUCAUCCUGUGGGCUCCGGCCAUCCUCUUCUGGCAGUACCUGGUAGGGGAGCGGACGGUCCUGGCCGGGCAGUGCUACAUCCAGUUCCUCUCGCAGCCCAUCAUCACCUUCGGCACAGCCAUGGCCGCCUUCUACCUCCCGGUCACGGUCAUGUGCACGCUCUACUGGCGCAUCUACCGGGAGACGGAGAACCGGGCCCGGGAGCUGGCGGCCCUGCAGGGCUCCGAGACGCCCGGGAAGGGGGGCGGCAGCAGCAGCAGCUCUGAGCGGUCCCAGCGGGGGACAGAGGGCUCCCCGGAGACCCCUCCGGGCCGCUGCUGCCGCUGCUGCCGGGCGCCCAGGCUGCUGCAGGCCUACAGCUGGAAGGAAGAGGAGGAAGAGGACGAAGGCUCCAUGGAGUCCCUCACGUCCUCCGAGGGGGAGGAGCCCGGCUCCGAGGUGGUGAUCAAGAUGCCCAUGGUGGACCCCGAGGGCCAGGCCCCCGCCAAGCAGCCCCCCCGGAGCUCCCCCAACACGGUCAAGAGGCCAACCCGGAAGGGGCGUGAGCGGGCGGGCAAGAGCCAGAAGCCCCGGGGGAAGGAGCAGCUGGCCAAGCGGAAGACCUUCUCGCUGGUCAAGGAGAAGAAGGCGGCUCGGACCCUGAGCGCCAUUCUGCUGGCCUUCAUCGUCACCUGGACGCCGUACAACAUCAUGGUGCUGGUGUCCACCUUCUGCAAGAACUGUGUUCCCGAGACCCUGUGGGAGCUGGGCUACUGGCUGUGCUACGUCAACAGCACCAUCAACCCCAUGUGCUACGCGCUCUGCAACAAAGCCUUCCGGGACACCUUCCGCCUGCUGCUGCUCUGCCGCUGGGACAAGCGUCGCUGGCGCAAGAUCCCCAAGCGCCCGGGCUCUGUGCACCGCACCCCCUCCCGCCAGUGCUGAGGGCCCCUAGCCGGCAUCCAGGCCCGCCACCCCAGGCCCUGGGACAGCCGGGCAGGAAGGAAGCGGGCAGGGCCUGCGACCUCAGACCCAGGGCCCUGCUCUGUCCUCACCAGGCUUCCGGGGGGGCGGGGGGGAGCCAUAGGUCACCUUCCUGGACGGCCCAGACAGACCCUGCCAGCUUUCCAAACUGUUGCUAUUCCCAGGCAGGGAACAAACCUGAACUGGGGGAACUGGUUUUUCUGUUCCUGCUUGGUGGGCAUGGGCUGUCACCAGGAAGAAGGCAGGGGAGAGGAGGAUCCAAGCUUUUAGAUCCCUUGUUUGCCUUCAGGCAGGAAAUCUGUGGGGAGCCAGCAGGCCCGGCCAGGAGUAAAUAGGUUCACAUUUCAGUCAUCCCUGGCCCAGGGGCUGGCCCCAUGGGGAUGGCUGUGGGAGAUG